GCCGCUGAGUAGCCAUUUUGGUUUCCACCUAAAACAGCUUCACUUUGGGCCACCGGAGAUGGAAGAAACCGAACCGACGGCGAGUGUUUCAGCCGCCGAAACCUUCUGAACCCCCUCAGCAAACAUCCACCGCGGACUCUCGAAACCAUGUUCGCUUCCACAUUGUUGUUUUUGUGAGGGAAAAAGCGGCCCGGAGCGAUUUUUGUUUGGAAGUGGCGACUCGACAGCGCCUUAGUUGAGUUAGCUUCACGGACUCAAAACCCGAACCGGACAAACGGACACUGGGUUGGAUUUGAGCCCACGCCAUGAACAGUGUUAACCGACCGUGUUAACGUUGAAUUAGCUGUAUAUAUUUUUUUAUGUUUUUGUUUUUUCCCCCUCUUGUCGCUCACAGUUCAUAUGUUCACUUCGAACACGUCCGGUCUGGUUUGAAAAUUGUCACGAUCCAUGCUGAGACAGUUUCCCCCGGAGAAAGAGCCGCAGAGCGAGGCGAUCUUUUUAAUUUUCUCCUGAAAGAGGGAGUCGGUGGAUUUUUUUUACAGACUAUUUUUGGACUGGUCAAGGAAGCAGCAUUAACUCAAUAAAGAUGUCAACAAAAACUCCCUUACCUACAGUCAACGAGAAGGCGACGGAAAGUCACACGUCUCACGGUAAUGGACGUCAGGAGAUCAGCACGCGCUCGAGCCGCACCGGCGUGCGGACGCGCAGCUCGGAGGAGCCGCAGCAGCCGCACGUCGGCAACUACCGGCUGCUCAAAACCAUCGGCAAGGGCAACUUCGCCAAAGUCAAACUGGCCCGACACAUCCUCACCGGCAGAGAGGUGGCAAUUAAGAUAAUAGACAAGACGCAGCUGAACCCAAACAGCCUUCAGAAGCUCUUCAGAGAAGUUAGAAUAAUGAAGAUCUUGAAUCAUCCAAACAUAGUUAAGCUUUUCGAGGUGAUUGAGACGGAGAGGACGCUCUACCUGGUGAUGGAAUACGCCAGCGGAGGAGAGGUGUUCGACUACCUGGUUGCACAUGGAAGAAUGAAGGAAAAAGAGGCCAGGGCUAAAUUUAGACAGAUCGUGUCGGCGGUGCAGUACUGUCACCAGAAGCACAUUGUUCACAGAGACCUCAAGGCCGAGAACCUGCUCCUCGACGCCGACAUGAACAUCAAGAUCGCCGAUUUCGGCUUCAGCAACGAGUUCACCAUGGGCAACAAGCUGGACACGUUCUGCGGCUCUCCACCAUACGCCGCGCCGGAGCUUUUCCAGGGGAAGAAGUACGACGGGCCGGAGGUGGACGUCUGGAGUCUCGGGGUCAUACUGUACACGCUGGUCAGCGGCUCGCUGCCCUUCGACGGACAAAACCUCAAGGAGCUGCGCGAGCGCGUCCUCCGAGGAAAGUACCGCAUCCCCUUCUACAUGUCCACAGACUGCGAGAACCUCCUCAAACGCUUUCUGGUGCUCAACCCGUCCAAGCGGGGAACGCUCGAGCAAAUCAUGAGGGAUCGAUGGAUCAACACGGGGUUCGACGAGGACGAGCUGAAGCCUUACACUGAACCGGAGCUGGACAUCACGGACCAGAAGAGAAUAGACGUGAUGGUGGGAAUGGGCUACAACCUGGACAAGAUCCAGGAGUCUCUGGCCAAGAUGAAGUACGACGAGAUCACGGCCACGUACCUGCUGCUGGGCAGGAAGGCUUCUGAGCUGGAACCCAGCGAGUCAGCCUCCAGCAGCAACCUCUCUCUGGCCAAACCCAGACCCAACAGCGAGCUCAACGGUCAGUCGCCCGCUCACCUCAAAGUGCAGCGGAGCGUGUCGUCGUCCAACCACAAACAGAGACGUUACAGCGAACAAGUCGGUCAGAACGUCCCUGCAGGGAUGUCUAAUCCGAAGAGGAGUCAGACGACUACGGCGGAGAACAACGCCAAGGAGGAGAGCGGCGUCCAGCUCCGGAAACCCAGCACGCCGGGCAGCCGCGGGGCUCCGCCCGCCAGCCCCCUGCUGGGCAACGCCAACAACCCCAACAAGGCCGACAUCCCUGACCGCAGGAAAGGCGCCACCACGGGCCCGAGCAAUAUCACUGCGUCGGCAGGCAUGACCAGAAGGAACACGUACGUCUGCAGUGACAGGAACAACGCGGACCGCCUCGCCGUCAUCCCCAACGGGAAAGAGAACAGCAUGACAGAGAUGGCUUGUGCCACUAGCCCCUCAUCUGCCUUUGCGGCUACUGUGCUGGGUGCCUCGUCCAGUUCGGUGCGGCUGAGGUAUCAAACCGCCGGCCCUUUGCACACUUGCCAGGCAGGCUGGGCCACGCUGCCCCACUCCUACUACGAUCUGGACUACAGCGUGCCCAAGUAAGACGAGACAAGACGGCAGGGCCUCCAAACGUCCCCCCGUCUGUCUGUCUGUCUGUCUGUCUGUGUGUGUCCCCUCUCCUGUCUGAGCCUCUGAUCGGCCCCUCGCUAACCCACAAGUCAGCCGCCUUCACUCUCUAACUCCACCACUAAACCAUGGACACAUUUCCUGCAACUGUAAACAAAGUGCAUCCCACCUGUUUUUUCAUGUCAGUGUCUGAAGUCGAUGUUUGUCAGAGCAGAACAGGUCAAACUACACAGACUACACCUAUCAGAACAUAGCACACCUUUGAUUUUUAUUGUAAAUUUGUCAUAAAAAGACACGAGUAGAGACAGCAGCGAUAGACAGUUGGCCUGUUAGCAAGCUAGCAUAGAUAGAUAGUUGGCCUGUUGGCAAAUUAGCAUAGAUAAAUAGUUGGCCUGUUAGUAAACUAGCAUAGACAGGUAGUUGGCCUGUUACCAAGCUAGCGUAGAUAGAUAGUUGGCCUGUUAGCAAACUAGCAUAGAUAGUUGGCCUGUUAGCAAACUAGCAUAGAUAGAUAGUUGGCCUAUUAGCAAGCUAGCAUAGAUAGUUAGUUGGCCUGUUACCAAGCUAGCGUAGAUAGAUAGUUGGCCUGUUAGCAAACUAGCAUAGAUAGGCAAACAUAUAGUUGCUAGUUGUUAGUGAGCUAGCAUCGAUAGCAUAGACAGAUGGGCAGAUUGUUAGUUGGCUAAUUAGCAAUCUAGCAUAGAUGGACAGAUUGAUAGUUGACUAGUUAGCAAGUCAACAUAGAUAGGCAGAUUGAUAGUUGGCUAGUUAGUGUGUGUGUGGAUGAACACUGGUUUGUGUAAACAGAACAGGUGAUGCCAUUUUACUGACAGUUCAGUGAUUUAAGGAAACAUUUCACCAGCGUCUGACAUGAGUGUAGUUUCAGACACUGACCACUGGAGGCACAAGGACAGAAAAAUAUGUAUCCCCACACUGACGUUGUGUGUGUGUGUGUGAUGGUAUUUUUCCUGCUCUGCGUUAUUCGUCCUCCUGCUGGUCAAACUGAACGACGCAGUCAUUUACAAUAUAACAGCAACUUCUCUCAGCUCUGCUCCUGACCUCUCCUCUGCCCUCUGCUGUCACCUUUGACCCUGAUCUUCUCCGUCUGGAUCCUCCUCAUCUGUUCAAACACGACGGACGAGCUCCACCGCUCACCGGCUCCCCCUGCUGUCCCGGCACCCUCAGACACUUCUGUUCUGUUCACACUGUGAAAAUGAUCAGGGACAAAAAAUCAUGAAGAGCUUGAUCUCCAGGACAGGAAAUUAAAUGCAGCUGGAUCCUGAUAAACACCUUUUCCUUCUUUUUCCAAAUUUCUUCUUUGGCUCAUGAACUGAUUUAAAUCAUAAUUUUCUGUUUCCUGUUUCCACCUGAAGAUGUUUAGCUGGAUUUUGACUGGAGGAGCCUCCGUCUGAGUUCCUGCUCUACUUUGCUUACCACAAAGAUUGGGGUCAGCAGUGCAGCAGAGGGUCGUUUUUAUUAUAAGUAUUAUUAUUAUUGGUGUAAUUCAAAGCUUGUAUGUAGGAGUUAACAUUAGGGAUGAUGGGCAGACAUUUCUGGAGUUUAACAACAAAUUAGGUUCAGUGUAAAGCUUUAAAAAAAAAAAGAAUUAUGUGUUAUGAUGGUGAGAUAAUAAAGAUUUCAGCAGUGAAUUUCUCCUCUGCAACUUUCAUUUAGUCAACAAAACAAAACAAGCAUAGAUGGAGAAUUGGCUCAUUAGCAUAGAUGGAUAUUUGGCUUGUUAGCAAGUUAGCAUAGAUAGUUGGCUUGUUAGCAAGUUAGCAUAGAAAAAAUAUGAAAUGUAUAAAAUAUAAGGAUAAUAAACACAGCUAUAAUCAUGGGUAAAUGUAUCAACAAAUGAAUAAAUUGUAAAAUAAUGGCAUCAUUUUUGGGGGUUUUAACCUCUUUUAUCUGUCUCAUUUGUGGUAGAAACAAAGCAUUUGUUUAUUUCACUGUGUCAUUUGGUGGAAUGACUAAAAAUAACUUUUUUACAUCUGCUAUUUAACAUAAGAAAAACAGGUUUAAACAUUUUAUCUGAAUCCGUCAGCUGCUUAUUUACAUUUGUCCCUGUUAAAUUUAAUUUCCUGCCCUGUUGACAUCUAACACGCAACAUCCAUUUAUCCUAAACUCACAUUAGGCAACAUUAGAAACCCAUGUCAGCACAGACACGUGGAUUCAUUGAAAAGAUGACGACAAAAAUGUGACGCAACAGUUUCAAGCUGCUUGUUGUUUUUUUCCACUCCAGUCGUGUAGCUGCAUCAUUUGACCUUUGUUGUUGUUGUUGACAGACACAGGAGCGGGUUUCCCACUGAAGACAGUAGGGGUGUCGGGACGUCUCCACACGCAUCAUAAGGAUGUGGACGUAACUACGACAACAACUCCGUUAACACAGACGACUCUUCUGUCCUCAUUUGGAGCGAAACAUUUAACAUCACAUUUAAAAAGCUCAAGUUAAAUUUGUGUACUAGUUAUUCUGCUUUUACUGAAUAUGUGAGGAGUUAAAGAUAAUUCAUGAGCGCAGGUUCAGUGACGUGCACGUCUGCAGUGGAGAAAACUCGUCGUCCAAACACCUGAUCACACCUGACUCCGCCCCCCUCUUCUUCCUCUCUUCUCCGUCCUCCCGCAGCA